CCUGCUCGUCCUGUCCUCGCGCCGCUGCUGUCCAACAACACCUGUUCGAUGAAGAAAGCCUCAACAGACCCCGAUAUAAGUGCUCGACGCUCUGAUGCACAGCCCGUAACCAAGGGACGCUCCGAUUGGCCGGAUACUGAGCUUCGCGACCUUCCCCCCUCGAACAAGCACGAGCACGCCGCCGCAGCUGCUUCCACCACCACCACCACCACCGCCACUCCAAACGACCAGACCAACAGCCGCAAUGGCGCUCGCAGCCCCGAUGACGAGAAACAUGGCCACCGCUUCCUCAAGUCCGCGUUUGCCAAGAAGCGCAAAUCAGCGCCAUCCGCGCAGGAUGAGGGGCAGGGGUCUUUCGUAGGAACCAAGGAAGCCCUCGCAAACACCUCUGCCCCCGAGACUGCGGGAACCGGAACCGACAAUGACAGUGGCAGCAACAACAAGAAGAAGAAGCGUACCUUUGUCGAGGAGUUCCGUAGAAGCUUCUGGCUGGUCGCCACCCACAGCUGGUUCAACGUCCUGCUGGUCUUUGUGCCCGUCGGCAUCGUCGUCGCCAACGUUGGCAACGUAAACAGCGGCCUCGUCUUCGCCAUGAACUGCAUUGCCGUGAUCCCCCUCGCCGGCCUCCUCAGCUUCGCGACCGAGUCGGUGGCCCUCAAGAUGGGCGACGCACUUGGCGCCCUGCUCAAUGUGACGUUUGGCAACGCCGUGGAAUUGAUCAUCUUCAUCAUUGCCCUGGUCAAGGAUGAGAUCCGCAUCGUCCAAGCGUCUCUGCUGGGUUCCAUCCUGGCCAACCUGCUGCUCAUUCUGGGAAUGGGCUUCUUCCUCGGUGGACUGCGCUUCCGGGAGCAGACGGCUUUUCACGCCUCCUUCAGCGAUCCAAAUCUGGCGGACCACCAGUCCCUCAAGAUCAGUCGCGGCACUAGCGUUCUCAAGUCCCACGCAUAUCUGUACGAGUCUACCCCGCAGAAUAUUGUCGAUGCUGAAUCCGUUCCUGGUCCCGCCGCUGCCUGGCUGGACGCUUCCAGCUCCGAUUCCAGCUCGUCUGAUAGCUCGGAUUCGGACGAUUCCAGCCAUUCACGGGACACAGUUCGCCGUGCGAUGAGAAAGGUCCUCCGCCAUGGGCGUAGGAGAAAGUCGUCCGUGGCCUCUGUCGAAACCAGCGACCUCCAGCCUACCAGAACAUCGUCUUUUGGCACCACAACCACCAGUCCUCAGGAAGAAUCUUCCGAGGCUUCGACUUCGCGCCCACAAUUUCCUAGGUUGUCGUCUGUGGAAACGAAUGAAGAGGCUGUCGAGGAUGAAGAGAGGCCGCAUCACAGACGCAGAAAAUCUAGCAUACGACAGAUGCGCAAGAAGUACAAGAAGCAUCGUCGUCACCACAGCCAUCGUGAUGCCGACGGCGAUGCUCAGCCGGCGAUCAGUGAACAGCCAGAGCAGUCUCAGACUCGUGGCGAGGACGGAGAGCCUCGCCGUGUCGACUUCGCUAUUCAGAAUACGCCAGCUGCCGAUAGCGGCAACGAGACGUCUAAGCGGCCAUUUCCUGGCCUACGAUCCAUGUCUGUCAAGAAUCUGGCGCCUCCCGUCUUUGUCCAGAAGCCCGAUGUCUUGUCUGCCAUGGCCGCGGGCCCGGUUCCACGCGUCCGCUACGGCAUUAGACGCACCAACUCUCUUCCCGAUAGGCUGAACCAUCAGAUGCGACCCCCCGGUGCCCUUUUCCCGGCUCAGGUGCCAUUGGUCGCCUUGAAAGCGAGGGCGAGCGGCCUCGAUGAGGAAGAAGACGGGGAGCACCUGACGCAGGCGGCAGCCGUCAUCCUCUUGCUGUUGACGACUGGUCUUGUUGCGGCGUGUGCUGAAUUCCUCAUUAGCUCUAUCCAAGACGUUGUCGCCACGUCGAGCGUCGGCGAGAUCUUCAUCGGUCUCAUUGUGCUGCCCAUUGUGGGCAAUGCGGCGGAGCACGUCACCGCCGUGACCGUGGCGAUGAAGAACAAGAUGGAUCUUGCGAUUGGCGUUGCUAUUGGCAGCUCCAUCCAGAUAGCCAUCUUUGUCACGCCGCUGGUUGUCAUUUUGGGCUGGAUCUUGGACAAGGAGAUGACGCUGUACUUUACGCUCUUCGAGACGGUGUGCCUCUUUGUGUCCACGUUCAUGGUCAACUUUCUUGUCCUGGACGGCCGGAGCAACUACCUUGAGGGUGCUCUGCUGUGUGCAGUCUACUGCAUCAUUGGCGUCGUUGCCUUUUUCUAUCCAGACGAAGCCGAUGCCAGCUCGUGGGGCAGCUAAUU